UGCUAAUGAGCUGAGGAUGCAUUAUCAGCUAAGUGCUCUUGGGAGGAUUAUUGUUUGUGAAGAAAGGAUUCCAGGAAAGCGUAGUAGGUUAUGGGAUCAUGAGGAAGCCCUAAGCGUAUUGAAGAGACGGAUGGGAACAGAAAGGGUUGAGGCCCUCAGUCUUUGCUUUGAAUUAGAAUCUACAAACAGGCAUUGCUUUACAAGGAAGGAAUUCAAGAAACUAAAAUAUCUAUGGUAUCUCCAAGUGGAUGGUACAGACCUUGCUGGGGAUUUUGAAGAUGUUUUGUUUCACUUAAGAUGGCUUAAUUGGCGUGGUUGCUCUCCAUAUUUUCAACUAACCAAUUUUUGUUUGGAGAAUCUAGUCAUUCUUGAUCUCUCAAAUAGUUGCAUCACAGAAGAUUGGGGUGGUUGGAGUCAUUUCAAGGUGGCAAAAAAAUUGAAAGUUCUACAACUGGCAAAUUGUGGUUUAAGGAGAACUCUAGACUUUUCAUCAUAUGAAAUUUUAGAGAGAUUGAUUCUUCGAAGCUGUGAAAGUUUAAUGGAAAUACACCUAUCCAUUGGCAGUAUGAAGAAUCUAAAAGUUCUAGACAUUUCAUAUGCUGAUAUAAGGACUUUACCUGCUGAAAUUUGGAUGUUAGAGAAGCUGGAGGUGAUGGACUUCACAAAAUCUGGUAAUUUGAGGGGGGACAUUCCUAGUUAUAUGGGGAAACUAUCAUCUCUUAGAUUCUUGAGCUUUUGUGAUACCAAAAUUCAAAGCCUACCAAGAAGCUUGCGCAACCUUUGUUGCCUUCAAACCCUUAACUUAGGGGGCUGCACAUAUCUUCAAUCACUGCCAGAGCUUCCCUCAUCUUUAAGGGUUCUGCAUGUUGCUUCCAUCCCUAAUCUUACAAAUCUGGUUAAUUUACAGGAGUUGCACUUUGUUGGGGGCUGUGAGUAUGCGGAGAUUCCUAGAGAUAUUGGCAACUUAUCCAAAUUGGAGAAAUUGACCUUGGAUUCUACCAAUAUUAGAAUCCUACCAAAAGAGAUUGGUGUCCUUUCUCAUCUGAAGUUGCUCAAUGUACAAUUUUGUGAUGAUCUUCAAUAUAUAGUGGGGUUACCCUCAAGUCUAGUGGAUCUAUCUCUGGCAUAUUGUGAUUCAUUGGAAAGAUUACCGUAUCUGUCAUAUUUGAAAUCUUUAUCAAAAUUGCUGCUUCAUAAUUGUGAGAGUCUGACAAAGGUUCAAGGGCUUGGAAGAUUAGAGUCAUUGACAAAUUUGAACAUAAAUGCAUGUGACAUGUUAGCUAACCUUGGAGAUAUGUCAAACCUAAGUAAGUUGAUAGCAUUAUGCAUUACUAAUUGUCGAGGACUCAUGAGGAUCCAAGGACUUGCCGAACUGGAAUUUUUGAGAUGUGUGGAUUUGCAUGGCUGUGAGAACUUAUAUCACAUUGAGGGCCUUAAGGAUUUGGGCUCUUUGGAGGUAUUUGAUGUGUUAGGUUGCCCAUUGGAAACAAUACAAAAUCUGCCAAACAUGCCCAUUCAGCGCUGCUAAGAUUAGAUCUAUUAUCAUGGUGAUACAAUGCAUUGUUGUUAUAAGGCUUUGGAAGAUGAAGAAUUGAGCUUGAGGCUGCUGGUGGUAACUGGUAAGUGAACAUAGGAAUGAAGGAACAGAAGAAUCUUUAUGAAAGUAGGGAAAAAAAAAUAAAGCAGCUCUCUGAAAAGCAAUGGUAACUUUCCUAUUAGAAACAGUGGUGCCUACUGCCUAAGAUAGUUUUCUUCUCUUUUCCAAUUUUUAUAUAUUUUUAUUAUUAUUAUUUUUCCUUUUGGUUUGUUACAACUGAAACAUAUCAGUGAGUUUCAGACCACUUCUCAAAGUGUUUUAGCAAGAGUAACAUAUGGAGUUCUUGAUAAAUUGUGCAAAAGGCUACAGUUUGAUUUGUCGAGAGAGAUUGGUGUAUCAUUUUUUUGGGUAGGUAUCAUUUUUGUAUCAAUUAAAAGAGUACAAGUUAAUAUUUUUUAGCAUGACAUUCACUUA